UGCAGCCCCUCUGCCGCCAGCCGCCGGCAUGGGACAGAGCCGCCCGGCAGCCCCCCGGCUUCCCGCUCGCCCCGUGUCGUGCCUUCAGCAACAACAAGAUCCUGGUGGAGCUGGAUGAGAGCUCAGGCGUCGCCACGAUGAAGUUGAAGAGCCCCCCGGUCAACAGCCUCAGCCUGGACUUGCUGACCGAGUUUUGCAUAAGCCUGGAGAAGCUGGAGAAUGACCGGGCCUGCCGAGGUGUGAUCCUCACAUCAGCCGUCCCCAAAAUCUUCUCAUCUGGCCUGGACAUCACCGAGAUGUACGGGAAGAGCCCAGAGCACUAUGCCGAGUUCUGGAGAGCCGUGCAGGAGAUGUGGCUCCGGCUGUACGGCUCCAACAUGGUGACAGUCGCUGCAAUCAAUGGCUCCAGCCCGGCGGGAGGCUGUCUCAUUGCCUUGUCGUGUGACUACAGGAUCAUGGUGGAGAACCCCAAAUUCAGCAUCGGCCUGAACGAAGCCCAACUGGGCAUUGUGGCUCCCUUCUGGUUUAAGGACACAUUUGUGAAUGUUGUGGGACACCGAGUUGCUGAAAGCUCCCUCCAGCUGGGCUCCCUCCAUUCCGCGCCCCAGGCCCACAGGUUAGGCCUUGUGGACGAGCUGGUGCCAGAGGAGAGGCUCCAGGAGAAGGCUGCAGCUGCUAUGGCACAGUGGCUGGCCCUUCCCGACCAUGCCCGUCAGCUCACCAAGUCCAUGAUGAGGAAGGCGGUGUUGGACCGCCUGGUAGCUCACCGGGAGGAAGACCUUCAGAACUUCAUCAGCUUCAUCUCAAAAGAGUCCAUUCAGAAGUCACUUCGCAUGUACAUGGAGAUGCUAAAGAAGAAGAAGAGCUGA